UGGGGCAUUAGGCGGGCAAAGCAAUUCGAGAGAGCUCAAAGAAGGUGGAGGUAGCGAGCCCUAGGGUUGGAUCGAUCGAUCGCCGGGACUGGCUUGUGAUGCGCCGCGACGCAGCCGACUGAUGCGCUGCGCGAUGCUCUCCUCGGCAAUGCACGGCGGCAAUGCGGCCGGAUCGGCGGAGGCGUCGCGGGCGAGCGAUGAGCACGACAGGAAUUUGACGGUGGUGGAAGUGGCCGCGGGGAGGGUGAGCGAUGUGCAUAUGGCGUCCAGGAAGGCCGAGGAAGCAGCUACAAGAAGGUUUCAAGCGGCUUCUUGGAUCAACAAAAUUGUUGGGUGCUCCAAAAUACCAUCGGAGCCAUCGGAGGAUGAGCUGCGGCUGUGCCUCCGGAAUGGAGCGCUGCUCUGCCGUCUCAUGAACAGGAUCGAGCCCGGUUCCGUCUCAAAGGUUGUGGAGACUACCUCAUCUGAUGGGAGUUUAUCGGCAUUUCAAUGCUUCGAGAACUUGAGGAACUUUCUGGUCGCGUCGCAAGAGAUGAGGCUUCCUACAUUCGAAAGCUCGGAUUUGGAACAGGCUACAGGAUCCAUGACAAAAGUUGUGGAUUGUAUACUAGCACUAAAGUCUUACAACGAGUGGAAGCAGACGGGGGCGCUGGGCUCCUGGAAGUACGCUGGAUCUCUGCGGUCACCGUUGCGAGGGAAUGUCUAUCCGAGAGGAUAUGGAAGACCUGGAGGCGCUGAAAAUACUUUCAAGAAAAACUCGAGGAAGAGACUCCUUCCACCUGACAAUUAUGUCGAAGCUGAAGACCAACCUGUAGCUUCUGGAACGCAAACAGAUGAACCUCAAGUGCCUGAUGAUGCGAAGGUUAGGGAGGACUUCCAGCAACCUCCGGGAGUACACGUUACAGAUGGAAAAUAUUUAAAGAGCAAGAAACUGGACCAAAUGCUCGUGGAGGCGCGAAUCGAAAUUAAGAGCUUAAGAUCCGCACUUGAAAUCGUCAAGGGCGACGCCAAUGCGAUGCAGAAAAUGUGGAAAACCGACGUGAAUUGCUUGGAAAACCAAGUCCUCGGGUUAGCUGCUGAUGCCGCUGGAUAUCGUAAAGCGCUUGCUGAGAAUCGAAAGCUGUACAACGAAGUUCAAGAUCUCAAAGGGAACAUACGAGUGUAUUGCAGAGUAAGGCCAUCGUCAGACCCUGUAGGAUCUGUCGAAUUUAUUGGUGAGAAUGGGGAAAUUAUGAUUGCUAAUAAGGAGUUACGCAAGUCGUUUUGCUUUAACCGGAUUUUUGGUCCUCGUGCAACUCAAGAGUCUGUGUACCUUGAUACUCAACCUCUCAUUCGAUCGGUACUUGACGGCUACAAUGUUUGCAUCUUUGCUUAUGGUCAAACUGGAUCCGGAAAAACAUACACGAUGAGUGGUCCUGAUAAUCUAACAGAAGAAACAUGGGGUGUAAAUUAUCGAGCCCUCCAUGACUUGUUCAAAAUUACUACCGACCGCAAGAACCUGUUUCAAUAUGAGAUCGUGGUUCAAUUUCUGGAGAUCUACAAUGAACAUUUGAGGGAUUUGCUCACUGGAGAUUCUGGAAACAAAAAGCUGGAAAUUCGAAAUUGUUCGCAGAAGAAUGGCAUUAACGUCCCCGACGCGACCAUGAUGCCAGUGAAUUCGACCGCGGAUGUCUUGCAGUUGAUGAAGCUUGGCCAGAAGAAUCGUUCUGUUGGUUCAACAGCUAUGAACGAAAGAAGCAGCCGCUCUCACAGUGUAUUGACGGUACAUGUCCGAGGCAAAGACCUGAAGACUGGUGCUGUUCUACAUGGGUCUCUUCAUCUCGUAGAUCUUGCUGGGAGUGAAAGAGUUGAUAAAUCUGAAGCCACUGGAGAACGCCUCAAAGAAGCUCAGUAUAUCAACAAGUCCCUUGCAGCUCUGGGAGACGUGAUCGCAGCGUUGAGUGUGAAAAGCUCGCACGUGCCUUACAGGAAUAGCAAGCUGACUCAACUUCUUCAAGAUUCCUUAGGUGGCCAGGCAAAAGCUCUAAUGUUUGUACAUAUGAGCCCAGACAGUGAGUCCUUUAGCGAGACGCUGAGCACGCUCAAGUUCGCUGAGAGAGUGGCCACUGUAGAACUUGGAGCGGCACGAACUAACCGAGAGAGUGGUGAAGUACGGGAUUUGAAAGAUCAGGUAAUGGCAUUGAAAGAGGCGAUGGCCAAGAAGGACGCAGAGAUAGAAAAGCUAAAGCUUGGUCUAAUACCGAAGACAAGGAUAAAAGGCACGCCACUCAGAGGCUUGCUGGCACCGGAAGCUACCAUGUCAGCAGAAUGGCACCUUACAACAGAGGACAGUUCACACUCGUCGUCUACAAGCCCGGACGAAGAGGUCUUUGAGUCGUGUUUGAGCACCGAUAGCGGGAAAGACGAAGCGAGCUGUCCGGAGUUACUAUUCUCGUCGUCUCCGAGUAGGCCUACUCCCAAACGAAUUUUGCAGGAGAAGGUUCUCAACGCAAAGGCAGUCGUCACGACUUCAUUUUCAGGGAAGCCAAGACUCAAGCCUACAGAACUGACCGCGAGUCAGAAACUCUUGAGAAAGAGCGCUUAUUUAAGAGGUUCUUCUUACUUGGAUCAGAAUUUGGACACAGGUGGCAGAUCUCCCGCUAGCAUCAGGAAACCGCAACCUGGACCUCAGUGGAGGACGCCUUUACAACCACCUAAGCUCAAGGCGUCUGAUCCACGGCUCUCCUGUGGCGACCAGUUCGCUUCGUCCCGUCGAUACUCAAAUGUUGGCGUGCCCGCUGAUUGCUCGAGCGUGAAACGGUCUUCACUGGGAUCGAAGGAAUCCUCUCAGUCAGGCGAGGGAAGCAAGCCAGCAUUUGCUCGCCAUCUUUUUGCAAAUCCAACAUCCAAGCCAACCAAAAGGUGGAUAUAACUUCUCGUUUUUUUUAACCUUGUCUAGAGCGCCUAGACACAGUCAAAAUUUUCAGGCUUCUGACGUAGAGCUCACUCUAUGAAAUGCUCAUCUUGUUGUACA